GGGCUGUCUGUGACUGUGGCCGCUGGGUCUCAGUUUCAUUUGCCCCAUGUAGAGGUGCUUGUUGCAGAUCCCCACAUUUCCCCUCUCUGGGUGCUGGUCGGAAGGGCUGGCUGGGCAGAGCACCUUGGCUCGGAGCGAACGCGCGUUGUUCUGGGCUUUCCUCCUCUGCAGAACACCGGCAGCCGAGGAGAGCAAGCCCGGCAGCUGGUCAUCGACCUGGAGACUCGAGGGAAACAGGCUUUUCCUAUAUUCCUCUCGAUCCUGCGGGACACCAAGCAGGGCGACCUUGCGGACAUGCUGAUUGAGGAGUGUGAGUGCCGCCCGGUGCCACCACAGGUGGUAGACCUGAGGCCUGUCGAGCUGGACUUACACAGAGAAAAGCAUAAUAAAAAUGUGAACUUCCCUGAACGUUUGUCUGUCCCAGUCCAAGCUGAGAGCGAAAGACCUCGAAUGCCGCCCGUGCCAGCCCGGGGUUUGCCUGGUGACAAGAGGAACCGCGAUCUGGUGUAUGAGCUGAAAGCGGACCCGUGCGGACACUGCCUGAUCAUCAACAAUGUCAACUUCAGUAGAGACUCGAAUCUGUCGACUCGAGUCGGCUCCAACGUGGACCGCAAGAAGCUGGAGAAGCGCUUCAAGGCCUUGCGCUUCAAUGUCCUGACUUGCCAAGAUCUCAGAGCUCAGGAAAUGGUUUCAGAGCUGCAGAAGCUGGCGCAGCAGGACCACAGCGCCUUGGACUGCUGCAUCGUGGUGAUCCUUUCCCACGGUUGUCAGACGAGCCAUAUUCAGUUUCCCGGAAGCGUUUACGGAACGGAUGGAAAACCCAUUCCAAUAGAAAAGAUUGUGAACUAUUUCAAUGGGUCCAAUUGCCCGAGUCUGAGAGGAAAACCCAAACUCUUCUUCAUCCAGGCCUGUGGCGGAGACCAAAGAGACCGAGGUGUGGAGGUGGCUUGCGAUUCACCCAGCGAAGAAGCUCCCGGAGGUUCUUUAGAGUCGGACGCAACUCCUUUUCGGAUUCCAGCAGGCAGCGGGGAUGAGCCGGAUGCUGUAGCCAGUUUGCCCACGCCCAGCGACAUCUUGGUCUCCUACUCAACCUGCCCAGGUUUUGUCUCCUGGAGGGAGGUGUCGAAUGGCUCAUGGUAUGUGGAGAUGCUCGACAGCGUGCUGGAGUGGUGGGGGAGAGAAGAGGACCUACUUACCCUCUCUCUGCUGGUGGCAAACGCUGUGUCUGCCAAGGGGAGGUACAAGCAGAUGCCGGGCUGGUUCAACUUUCUCCGUAAAAAAUUCUUCUUCAUGUGCAAAUGACGUGUGGGCUCCGAGGUCCCUGCCAAGUGUGAGAGUUACCUCCCCGUGGCCGGAUGAAAUCUGCGCCCGCCGUGACUCAGUGUUGAUGCUCCCGGAGGCUUUUUUCUGUCUGUCAAGAUGUUUGUCUUGAGAAAUGUAAUCUGUGAACGCCGUCCUUGCUGUGAAAUAGAGAUGGAGAUGGACACCGAGUUGCCGGGGCAUGUGCCGGCCCCGAGCCUCCGUGCUCGCGAAGGAGAGGGCCUCUAGCGCGCCGCACCGUGGCCGCACUCAGCCUCUGAGUAUUGUUUUUUGGUGAUCGCAAUGUUUGUGUCCUUCGCUGCCCUGGAUGGCGAUUGAUGGAAUCAAGGUCUGGCGCUUAAGUGGAACAGAAUGAUUUUUGCAAUCGAUAUUUCUCCUUUUCAAUAAAGCACGAU